AUGGACCAAGAGGAGGCUCCACCACCCCCAUACUCGCCCGUGGACCCAUUACUCGCACCGAAUACCCGGAAUAACAGCUCUUCUCAGACCACUCCUCUUGGAGUGAGUGUCUCCCCCACACAGGAUGCCAGUAGCUCUCGUAUCCCAACACCGCCGACAGUCGUCCCGACGCACUUCAGAUCCGCCGCUGCGUAUUUUGAGGAACGGCUUCCCUCGAUCGUGGAUGAGAGCCGGGUUCUUCUACAGCAUCAUAUGACCAUCUACCCCCGAAGCCAAGCUAAGGAUUUUCCACGACGGCCGCGAUGCUGGGCCUUGCGGUUGAAUGAGAUUACCCAGCAGGACUGGGAUACCUUCUUAAAAUAUCUAUUUCCACCGCAACUGGGACUCGCUGCAUCUUCUCAGCAUCUCCCGCGCCAAUUACGAGCGGAAAUUAGACGAGACCGCAAGGAUCGCCCACAGGAGACGGAUGAGCAACGAAAGGCUCGAAUCGCUGCCGUUGUCGCCGAGUGGAACGAAUGCUUUUUCCGGUACCGCGCAACCCAUAUUGUCUUUGUCUACGUGGGCGAUCCUGAUUCUGCGCCGUCAUCUGCUUUAUGUCCCCGAUGCUAUCCAGCGGCAACGGGGUCAAUAGAAGGCCAGCCAAUUCGAACUCAAAAUGCUCCAUCCCCUGUGCCUGGGCAACCCGUUCCUCCACAGACCCCUUGGUCGAUACCUCCUCCUCACUUCCGCAACCCCCAAGUACAUGUGCCUUCAUCUCCGUAUGGAGCAUAUGGUGUUCCUCCAUACCCUCCCCCGAUAUCUCCUAACCAACCACCUCAAUAUUACCCUCAUCCGCCACCAGGCGCAUGGCAAUGGAACAAUAACAAUUGGAAUUAUCCGCAACAUCAACCGCAGUAUCCCAAUAACGGCACACUUAAGGGCGGGUCCCGCGGGUGGAUUUCACAGAUUGCAUCACAAGCGCAGAAAUAUGGAGAGCGGUUCACCGAACAGGCGCAACAAUAUGGAGAUCAAAUCAGUGCACAGGCACAGCAUUAUGGACGGCAGGUUGAGGAGCAGGCUCUUGCACAUGGCCGCUGGAUUGAAGAACAGGCAAGGCUUCAUAGCCGGAAAGCACCAAUAGCUGGGCCUCCAUACGGUGGUGGCUACUACCCCCGGCCGGCCUGGGAUAACUCGCCUCGUCCCAUAGCCAACAUUCCAAUGACACCCAUCCAAACCCCCAGCCCUGUGACAAGUCCUAAUUCGACAGGUUGGCCUGAGACAACCAAUCAGAUCGAUAUCAACAAACCUAAGUCUCCAACAGAACAGCUUGUGAUAGAGCCUCCCACCACCAAACGCACCAGACGGGUAUCAGUGAGCUCAGUCUCAUCCGAGUCCUCAUUCAGCUCAAUUGACUCUAUCUCGACAACAUCGGACCUCGACGUUUCAGACCUUGCCACAGUGCGCACUCAGCUAGAACUUCUAGACGAUCGUCACGAUCGGGUAUUAUAUGACGCAGCCGUCGAUCUCCGCCGGCAACUUUCAGUGCUGCAAGAGUCCCGCCGAGAAGCCAAGUUCUCUGGCAAAACCAAGUGGCGAGCCGGCUUCAGCCAAAGCCAACAAAACAACCAACAACCGGGUGACACCGACUGGGGUCGCUGGGAAUCACCCGAGCAGCAGCAACGCAACUCAGUUGACAGACGAGCCAUGAAAGAAGAAAUGCGCGCUACCAAGAAAGCGUUCCGGGACACGCUGCGACGAGCGCGAGACGAGCAGCGGGAACGCCGCCGCACUCGACGCCGCCAGGUCCGACAAGCUCGCGCUAAUGACGGUGAUAAGGCCAAAUAUUCGCAUGAUCAGCAGCUAGAUCAGCAGCUUGGAACGUUGCAACUGGAGGAUUCUCGGCAAUCUAACCCACCUUUGCCUGCACGUCCGGUCAAAACACAAACGCAGCCUAGUCCGAUUACUAGUCCGAAUAGCUCAAAUGUCGGCUUUGAAUUUGCUUCCAAUCCCCCUUCCCCUGCUGUCUCACGGCCGAGUACGCAUGACCUGACACGGACAACUACUGAUGACUCUGCUGCCUCUGGGAAGAAAGGGAAGCCAGCCGAUACGUCGAGUCGGUUAAAGGAUAUGCUGUUACCGCGUAAGGCGAAGAAGGAUGAUGCGGGAAGUAAAUGA